GCCUGCACACCGCCCCUGUACAACAAGAAGAAUGGAGAGAGAGAGAGAGAGAAAGAGACAGAAGGAGGGAGGGGGAGACGCCGUAUGCUUGUAUACAACCCUGAUUUCCAUUUUUUUCCCCAAGUCGUAAUGUAUUUAAUUCAAGCGCAACGUAAUCAUGACGUGUCGUGUCAUUAAUCUCCUCGCCGCCUCGCGCGGGAUUGAAGGAGGAGUCAGGCCGCCCCCAGUCAAGACACUGAAUAAUGGCAUAACAGCACACACACUGCUGCAGAGGAUGGAUUCCCCACCAGAGUGUGUCUUGUCCCUUUCCUGUGAGCAACCCCCGUCUUCUCCCACAAUAGACCCCAGCCCUCAGGUUCUCCAAAGCCCGCAACCGUCACCUCAGAGUCCAGACACGGUGCCAUACUCCCCUCUCUCUAUGUUGGCCCUUCCUGAGGAUCACCAUGAUGAUGAUGAGUCAGAAGAGCAGGAUGGCGGUUCUCCUCCAUCACCCACCCCGGCCGUGGCAUUAUUUCCAGGAGGUGAAGCAGGACGCAGUCCGCGUUCGGACUCUUCUCAGCCAGACAUGCCGGCGGCACCCCUCCUCGGGUUUGGAGCCCUGGAGCUAGCCUUGUCUUCAGGCCAGAGCGGAACAUGCAAUGACGAGCUGGACCUGCAGCUCUUCCAGAGGGACGCUGUUAGCAGGGCGGCACCCGGAGCAGGAGGAGCCUCAUCUGUACCUUCGCUCAAGUUCCCCUGUCACGUUUGUGGGAAGAGAUUCCGUUUUCAAAGCAUUUUAUCCCUUCACGCCCGAGCUCACAGCCUGGACUGGCACCGUCGAGCCUCACCGCAUUAUGGCAGUAUGCUCCACUCAGCGCCUCUGAAACAGCACCUCAAGGUCCAACAAAGUAAAAAAAACCUGAUUCAGAACCACAGAAGAGACUCCAGCCAGUGCAUGCUGUCUGGGAAUGUCAUCCAUCAACUGGCAGAGGAAGAGGAUGUUGAUGGUGAGGUCAAAGGCUUGGAAGAAGACCUUCAAUUCGAACACAAUCAACACUUCCUGCUAGAUGACAGCACAGACCCUUCUUCUGUGGCCACAUCAACUCCAGCAGCACCUGCAUUCCGUUGCCAUGCCUGCAAAGGAAAAUUCAGGACAGCUUCAGAGUUGACGCGCCAUGUAAGGAUUCUCCACAAUCCUUACAAAUGCACACUGUGUCCUUUCUCUGCCAGCCAGGAAGCCUCCCUGGCAUCCCACCUGCAAGAGUGCCACCCCUCCCCUGAAGGGCCUGCUCUUCCGCCAGCCUUUUCCAACUCCAGGCCCGUCAGUGCACCCACUGAGAUUCCUUCAGCCCAAACCUCGUCCUCGCCUCAGGUGGCGUCACCUGCCAAAGUGUCAGGAUCCUCCUCACUGCCGGCAUUCCGUUGUGACACUUGUGGACAGAGGUUCACCCAGUCUUGGUUCCUUAAGGGACACAUGCGGAAGCACAAGGACUCCUUGGACCAUAAGUGCCAGGUUUGUGGGCGUGGCUUCAAGGAGCCAUGGUUCCUGAAGAACCACAUGAAAGUACAUCUCAACAAGCUUGGUCUCAAAGCUGGCCUGGGAAGCAUCGACCAGCAGGCUAAAGGCUCUGCCAGUAAUCCGUCCCUGAAUGCCCUCUACUCCAGCCUCCUUUUGGCUCAGCAAGGGGGUGGAAGGGUGAGCCAAGGAAGACCAGAUAAGGAGAGUGGAGGCAGAAUGGGCAAGUCAGCCAUCCUAGGCUACCUUGGCCUUCCCGGUGAUGGCAGUGGGGCCAGCUGCAUGGAGCGACUCCAAGCUGUCGCCCAAGUAGCCGAGAUGGGAAACAAUGUUGGCGGUAUGAGCUCAGAAGGACGAGAGACAGCAGGAAAUAGAGGCACGAGUGAUACGACAGUGUCCGAAGGAGGAGAACAGGCCGCCUGGUGGCAACUGGUGGCUCGUAGCCUGGCUGUGGCUCAGCGAGUCAAUCCGAGAAACAAAUCAAUGACAGCAGAGAGUGACCCAGUCAAAACCUAUGCUGACACCAUGGAUCCUAGAGAAGCUUCUGGAGGAGCAGAGGGCUCAUGGGAAUGCCCUGACUGCGGAAAGAUUUUCCACAGCCUCCAGCAGGUGGUCGUCCAUGCUCGUGUUCAUGCUCAGAAAGUCCAGAGAGAAGGUGAUGUGCCGGGCACUGGCAGCUCCAGAGGGAGAGGAGGCCCUGGUGAAGUCCGGCAGGAUCCUCAACUUCUCAGCAGUGGAGACCGGCGGCAGGAAUCUAAAGGAGCAUCGGUGGGCUUUCCCUCUGUCAUACCUGGCUUUAAAGGAGAGAACGGCGUGACAGCCUCCCUCACCUCACUUCCCACUAGGGAGCGCGUGCGAGGCCGAGGGAUUAAAGAUUGCCCCUACUGUGGUAAAGCCUUCCGCUCAUCCCAUCACCUCAAAGUGCACCUGAGAGUUCACACAGGCGAGAGACCCUACAAAUGCCCCCACUGCGACUAUGCUGGUACCCAGUCUGGCUCACUCAAGUACCACCUUCAGCGGCAUCACAGAGAGCAGCGCAGCAUGUCAGCGGGCUCCUCCAGUUCCUCCGCCGCCAUCAAUGGUCUGACCUCCGCUAAGCAGCGCCGCUCUCACCUCAAUCACAGCCCCUCCGGCCGGGCCUCGGUAGACAGUCCCACCUCAAGGCCCGGUCAGCAGUCUUGGAUCCUUGGGAUUCCGGACCAGCAGGACCACCGCAAGGCCUUGGCAGCACUGAGGGAAGUCGACCUGGAGACGCAAUACCGCUAUCUGUCAGGAGUGAUGGGUGCGCUUUAUCAAGGUGGUAUGGAAGGAGCUUGGGUCAGGGAGUCUACCCCUCCAAAAACAAUGAAGGUGUCCCGCAGAAAACCCCUUACCACUAACCGCAUGGUGCAACCAUCCAGCGACAAACAAGCGCCUUCUAGUCAAGGUGGCUUUGAACCUCUCGAUCUGUCGCGCCGUCCCUCACCAAGCCUUGGAGGGAUGGAAGAGGAGGGAGUCUUUCAAGAAGAAGGCUGUGGCGACCUUGUCACACUGAACCAGUGUUCCGACUGUCCAUUUCGGACAUCCUCCACUGAGCUCAUGAGCAUGCACCUGCAGGUCAACCACACCAGUAAGUCCAGACACAAGAGAGGCUCUGUGUCUUCCUUUGACGAUGAUGGUGUCCCCAAGGCUGUUAAAUCCCGCCACAGUCCCUCUGAGCUCGACUCCCUUGGCAUUUGGAGGCAUGGGGAAGGGUCCUCAACCCAGACCAGGACCCCCAAUGGUCUCCCUCCUAAUGAUGAUGGUGAUGAUAAUUGCCAAAAGUCCAACUGGACUUCGGUACCCCAGACAUUGAACGACAGUCUAGUCCUCCAACAUGAAGAGGAACAAGGUAGCAGUCUGGAAGAUUCACCAAGACAGGAUCAGGAUUCUUCACCGACUUUGACACCACCCGAUAGGAACGUCCUCACAGAUUAAAACCGAAACUCCCAAACGUUAGAGAACUCUGUGGUCCUCACAGGGUGGUCCUCCAAACAAUGAGCAUGGACGUCUUUUUCUAUUCUUUUUUCCAGCCUCCAAACUUCUAAGAGGGUGUUAAAUUUGAUAAACUACUCCUGCAUCAUUCCAGCAUUGGUUUCUCCACAAGAGAUGGACCGCAAAUCCCGGCCCAAACAGUUUCAAGGUCAAGGUCCUGGUCCAAGUCGAGCAAAGCUAUUGAACUGAAAGCGUGAUUUGAUUCUGCCUUCUUGUCUGAAAUGUGAGCUUUAUAGAAAAGUAUACUAAAGUAGUGUUUUUUGUCUGGUUUUUAAGUUAGUGCCUGUUUACUUCCGCUUGAAGCCUGGGGUGGGGUCACUUGGUUGACCUUGAAACACAGCCCCAGUAUGCUUGGCGUUACAGUGCACUUGUGGCUCUAGUUACGUUCUGUAAAAGUGAUGCUGAUGUCAUCGAUAUAGACGAUGAAAAAGGAGUGAGGUUGAUGUGAAGCGAAAGCUAAAGACACAAUCAAGUGUAGAUGCUCUUUUUUGUGGGUAGGAGCACUGAUUAAAAACACUAACAAUUAAGGUUUAGAUAUCCCAGUAGAACAUGUAGCUUUUAUCACAAAAAAUGUCAUUCCUUAAGAGGCUUAGAUAUUAAUUUGAUGUGAGCUAAGACUAGUUGUAAUGUCCAUAAGGAGCACUGUGCAAGUUCCCAAAGUACCGUACAUGCUCUAAUUAUAGCCGUUUACUUACCUAAACCAUUAACUGGAAACAGGCGUGAGAAAGUGGAAAGAAAAACGUAGCUCUUCUGACCACGUGGUCAUUUCUUAACAAGCAUAUUGCACAACACAGCAGCAACAGAACCAAUGUUGUAAUGGCGGUUAGGAGCCCACUGCUCAGCCAGCAAUAAUAGCACUGAUGAGUUGGUUGUAAACAACAGUACGUAAUGACUUUCACGCCAAAAGGUGACUUUGCAACCUUUUAAAGCGCAUGCAGAGGUAGCUAAAGCUGGUGGAUGCUGACCACUCAUGAUACGUCAAAUGCAACCACUGUGGAGGUAAUAAAAAACAUGCCUAGUGCCACAGCUGUCAAUGCCAAGGUUUUUUAUUCACCCAAGCGGUUAUUUGCAUUUGCAGACCACGUACCCGGUGACUAUAGGAGACUUCAUUGAAUAGCGGUAUUAAUUGGAGCAUUUACGGUAGUUGUUCCUAUUUUAUCAUUAGACCAAAUCUUUGUUUUCUUAUUCUCGUUGUUUUUUGUUCAUGAUGGACAUUGUGGCUUUUGAAUGCCGUGCUUUGCAGUAGCCACACCACCUCAUCCAAAUGUGUCGUCCAGCCCUGUGAACUGAUUGUAAAACAGAGUUCACAUACAGUACGUGCUUUUUUGUUUUGUUUCCGUGGGAAUGUAAGGCUGCAUCUGUUGAGUCUCCUCAGCAACGAGUUUCAAAGCCACCGUGCCUUCUGUUUCAAGCACUUCCUGGUGUUUUUUGUAUAACUCACCAAAAGCCGAUAGCGACACGCUUCUUCCUGUCUUUACCGCCGCCUUUCCCCUUAAGUCCAGACCUUAAACAGGGUGACAAAGCCCGACAUGGAUUGACCAAAGCCCGAGUCUAAGACUAAUGGGUAUAUUUAAUCUCUGAAAUUGCCAAAAUAUGUCCAACGUGACACUAAAGCUCAAUGAAGACUAAUGAUCCCUUCUUCCCUCUUGCUCUUCCUUCGUGUUCCUGGUUGUCUGUAAACUGAAGGUGACGUAUCUGCUACUGAGGCCUUUACUAUUGUCAGAGAUCCAUCUGUGUGUGUGUGUGUGUGUGUGUGUGUGUGUGGAAACAUGCUCUCCUUGAUGAUAAUAUUGUUUCAGUGUCGAAAAGAAAGCGAAAAGAAAACAUAAAAGAAAUGUCUUGUUGAAUGUUGUACAGAUAGCGCUUAGAGGUGUCAUUCGUCAUGUUGUUUUACUUUCAAAUGAGAGCACAAACCUGAGUGCUGGUCCUCUCGGCUCCUCCCACCGGAAGCUGGGAAUAAAUUAAGCCCCCCAACUCAGAGCACAAUUCUACACUAAAAUGUUUUGAAUGUAUGUGAAAUGCACUGUGCCUCAGCCGCAUGGUCCCAAAUUUUAAAUCCAAAUUGGACACCGUGAAUAUUUGUUGCACCUUAUCUCCUGCCUGUCAAUCAUUAAAUCAAUCAGGGUGAAGCAGCGCUGGUGAGGCGAAUGGGCCAUGUCAGGUUUGGGCUCUUGUGUAGUUGACUGCCAUUGCAGUGAGGGACAAAGUGAUCUAACAUAGUAGUGACUAAUAUGAAUUUGUGGACAGAUGAAAAAAGAACACAAUAGAAAUAAACAUAAAUAUUACAUAAACUUGUGUCACUUUUUUCCUAAACAAACAAAAUUCAGUGGUGAUGAAGAGGUUUUUGUGUUACUACAUGUGAAAGUGUUGUCUUUUCAGGGGAGAUGUGUGUGAGAUAGCGGCCUCUUGUGGCCGUAGGUGAAAAUGAAAUUUCACCUUAUUUAACAACACCCAUUUUAUGCUUGACACUAAACAGUGCUGUCUACCAUGGUUAGGUACUGCAAUGGGGGCAUGAGCAUUAGAACGUACUAUAUCCUGCUUUCUUU